CACACCUAGCUCAGCCAAUCAGCGCACUUCACUCUGUUUCCUUACUCCUGAGAGUGACUAUGGCUACAAGGUCUCAGUCGCUGAAGAUGAAGGAGUUGACAAAAGACAAAAGGAAAAUUUCGGAGAGAAUCUUGAAUCAUGCUCUCGGGAUCAUCUUCCUGCUGACUGGAGAGGAAUAUGUAGUUGUUAAAAAAGGUGCCCCCCACAGUAGCAUUCAUCUUCUAAAUGGAGAGGUGCCUAUAAAAUGUGGCGAUAUUUCCGUUUAUUUCUCCAUGGAGGAGUGGGAUUAUAUAGAGGGACACAAGGACAUUUACCAGGAUGUUAUUAUAGAGGGUCGCCAAGUGUCUGAUGCCACGAGAAACCCAGAAAAAACAAUCUCAGACGCCCACGAUGAUGAUGAUGCGGACGUUGUGUUUAUUAGUGAGGUUGUGAAAACAGAAAAAUGUGAAACAAACAAAGAACAUGUGAAAAUCUCUGACACCUGUGCAGGUGAAUAUAAUGGUGACUAUGUAUACUGCAGUGAAAACACUAAGGCUCCGAAUAUGAAGAGUCACCUGGAAACCGAGCAGAAGGAAACAAACAGAGACAUUGGCACAGGUCAAUGUCUGAGCGUUGAUGUGCUAAGAGAGUCUCAAGUAGCAGACUGUGCCUCAGGUCUGACAGAGGAAGGUGUUACACAUGGAACACAUCAGAUUUCCAGAGAUCCACAGACUUCUAAUUCAUGGGUUAGGACCGUAGAAGAUAAUAGCGGUGUGUCUCAUCCACCGAAGGAAGAAUCGCAUGUACAGUCAUGUUCUUUGACUCAGGCAAUGGGAGACCAUACUGAGAGUUUAAAAGGGUUUCACGAGGAAUCCUGGACAAUGCCCUGCUCAUCAGAGUGGACAAUGGAAAGUGGCACCGGUGCUCCUCAUGGUUUUAAAGAAGAACCUAACAUAGUGGAUCCUUCCUUAGCUGAGGUAAUAGAAGAUGAGUCAAAUGCAUCUGUUGCAUUUCAAGGGACAUCCUGGUCAGUAUCCUGUUCAUGGGAUCAGGCAGAGAGUGGCAACACCAGUACAUCUUGUACUUAUCAAGAUGUCCUUCAAGAAUACUCGCCGAAUGAGUCAGGUUCAUAUAAAAGUGGAAAUCCAUUACCGUUAAACCAAUGUCAAAAAAAUAUGCACUUGCUGAAUGAGAGGUUUACCAGAGACAGCUCUGGUAAUAUUAAAAUUAAAAAAAAAAAGCCCACUCGUCAAGAUAGUAACCCAUUGUACACAGGUCAGAAUCCUCAUCAGUUUGAUAAAUGUGGAGACUCGUUUCAUUCCACAAAUAAUCUUUCCAUAUUGAAAAUAUAUCCUGAGGAAAACAAUUGCGAGGCACAACUGCCUACAUCCUCAAAUCUCAGUGAAUAUACUGAGCCUGUACUGUCAUAUAUCUGCCAUGUGUGUGGAAAACCAUUCAGUAAAAGGGAACAGUUGAUAAUACACCAACGAAUUCACACGGGGGAUAAACCAUAUGAAUGCCCUGAGUGUGGAAAGUGCUUCACCAGUAGGUCUCAUGUGGUGAUACACUACAGAACACACACAGGUGAGAAGCCAUAUGUUUGCAAUGUGUGUGAGAAGUCCUUCGCUAAACGGACAAAUCUGGACAGACAUUUCCGAAUUCAUACCCGAGAGAAGCCAUAUAUGUGUCGGGUAUGUGGAAAAUGUUUCACUAGACGGUCAAAUGUAAUCAGCCACCAAACAACUCAUACUGGAGAGAAGCCAUAUUCAUGCCCUGAAUGUGGGAAAUGUUUUACACAGAGGUCACACAUGAUUAUGCAUCAUAAAAUCCAUUUAGGAGAAAAGCCGUAUGUUUGCUCUGUGUGUGGAAAAAGAUUUGCUAAAAAGGGCUAUCUUGAUCUUCAUAAGAGAGCUCACAGAACCGAAAAGGCAAGUUUGUUCUAAGCGAGAAAGCAUAACUACUUAUUAUGACACGUAUAACAAACAAUGGGAAUAAUAAUUUGCACUGUUAGACUGUGUCCAGCCCAGGCAAUGGUGUUGAGUUUUAUCUGCACAAUCUCUGCCCAAAGUCUCCUUCCAGUCCUAAGCAAAGGUUGUGGUGUCGACCUAUGUGGUUUGGAAGCUGAAGAAAAGUCAUACACAGGGCUGGACUGUCCAAAGUGCACUAUAGACCAUCCUGUACAAUAUCCUAGAGUAUUUUAGGAGCACUUCAUCUAUUUAUGAGAAAAUGUUAUUUAUAGUUACCUUUAUUUUGUUCUAGUUAAGCAGAAACAGAUCGUGGCUAUACUUAAGCCCCAGGCCGACAUUAGCAUUUAUUACUGCUUGCAAGGCUCCCCACAUCCUAAGCCAGUGUUUCAAAUUCAUUAUUAAUGUAAUUUUAAUGUAGCCAAUGGAUACAAUCACUCAAGAAUCACUGCUUGACGGUCAUUUACGUUCUUUUUUCCUGAGGGUGGUGGGCUUAAAACCAUGUUAAACAACUAGUUUUUAUCAACUCAAAGUUUA